AUGCAUGGUGAGCUGCACAUGGCUGCUGCAGCUGUGACUAGCCACAAGGAAGCUGCUCUUCGGGUGAAAAGUAGGAGGAUGGUGGAAUUUAGUAGGGCUCAUGGGGACAGGAAGAGGCUGUCUGGCAGGAGAUGCAUAUUUGCUAUCACAUGGUACUCCUCGGAGGAGAUACUUUGGCUACAGAAGAAGAAUCUAAGAAAGACUUCCCCCUCCCGCCCUUGCAAAAGAAUGGACCAAGACAAGGAGUUGGACAAGAGCAGUGUUCAAGCAAGAACCCCUGGAGGGUCAUCCGCGAAAUUAGACAAUCCAGGAAGAACGAGCGGGAAUGACACCAAUGAAAAUCCAUUACAGGUUCUAUCCCAAAAUGAGGCUCUUCUGGUCCCAGGGUUCUUGGACACAGCCCGGGCCAGAGAGAAGGCCAUUGUUCCCAAGGUCAGCGACACACUCCAUGUGUUCACAGAGGAGUCUGAGAUCUCACAGCAGGUUAGUGAUAACACCAAGUUCUCAGAAAGUGCCAUCCAUCCUAAACACGGAGUUAGCCCCAAGCCCUCAGCAAAAACCACCCAUCUGAAAGAGGGCGACACCUCGAAGCCCUCAGCCAAAGCUAAUAAUCCAAAACAGAAAAAUGUUUCUCAGACUUCAGGCCACCCCAUGCAGACCAAGCAGAGCAACAUGACUAAAUCCUUGGCAAAAACCACCCAUCCUAAACAGGGGACCACCCUCAAGCCUGAAGCAAGCAGCAGUCAUCACAAGGAGGCCAAUAUACCCAAGUCAUCAGAGGACAAUGCCCAAUCCAAGGAAGGUAACAUCCCCAAGUCCUCACAGGACACCAUCCUAUCCAAAGAUGCUAAAAUCCACAAGUCCUUAAAAGACAGCAUCUCACCCAAGGAGAGAGACAUCCCCAAAUCCUCACAGGACAAAAUCCUGUUCAAGGAGAAAGACAUCCCCAAAUCCUCACAGGACAGCAUUCUGUUCAAGGAGAGAGACAUCCCCAAAUCCUCACAGGACACCAUCCCCUUCAAGGAGAGAGACAUCUCCAAAUCCUCACAGGAUACCAUCCUGUUUAAGGAGAGAGACAUCCCCAAAUCCUUACAGGACACUAUCCUAUCCAAAGAUGUUAAAAUCCACAAGCCUUUAAAAGACAGCAUCUCACCCACGGAGAGAGACACCCCCAAAUCCUUACAGGAAAGCAUCCUGGUCAAGGCGAGUGACACCCUCGGGUCCUCACAGGACACUGUCCAGUUUAAGGAGAGAGAAAUCACCAAGUCCCCAGAAGACACCAUCACAUCCCAGGAAGUCUUCAUUAACAAGUCCUUAGAAGACACAGCGAUACCCGAUGAAAGCAACAUCUCAUACUCGGAAACGCAAAUAGAGCUUCCGGAGGAAGACAUGGUGAGAAUGAUCAUUGGCAAGGAGGAGUUUGAGGGGGUUCUUAAAGAGGCCGGGGAGAAGCUGGUGGCAGUGGACUUCUCAGCCUCUUGGUGUGGGCCUUGCCGAGCCAUCAGGCCGUAUUUCCAUUCCCUGUCUUUGAAACAUGAGGAUGUGGUGUUCCUGGAAGUAGAUGCCGAUGACUGCGUAGAACUGGUACAAGACCGUGAUGUCUUCAUCCUCCCAACUUUCCAGUUUUACAAAAAAGAAGAAAAGGUGGCUGAAUUUUCUGGCGCCCUCAGGGAAAAACUGGAAGCAAACAUUGAAGAAUUAAAGUAA